CAGGAAGUGGUGAAGGAACUAGAAGUAAACAGUACAUUUGUAAAAAGACGAGAGUGUAUAAACUGCACACAAAAUGGAUCAGAAAAUUCCUUAUGAUGACUAUCAACUUCCUGUUGUAUUUCUGCCCUCAUAUGAAAAUCCUCCUGCAUGGAUUUCUCCUCAGGAUAGGGUAAAACAUUCUGAUUAUAACAAUGAGCUUACACAGUUCUUGCCACGCACGGUCAUCCUAAAAAAACCUCCUGGAGCACAGCUGGGCUUCAAUAUCCGAGGAGGAAAGGCUUCACAGCUUGGUAUCUUUAUAUCAAAGGUGGUGCCAGAUUCAGAUGCCCACAGAGCUGGACUUCAAGAAGGAGAUCAGGUGCUCACGGUUAAUGACGUGGACUUUCAGGAUAUAGAGCACUCGAGGGCUGUGGAGAUUCUGAAGACAGCCAGGGAGAUUAUAAUGAGGGUGCGCUUCUUCCCUUACAAUUACCAGAGACAGAAGGAGAGGACAGUACACUAGGCGUCCUCAGAGAUGAGCUGAGGAGUGAAUAGGUGCAACUUAUUCUGUGGGCCUGGGGAUCUGAUCAAACAUGCUGUACACUAUCACCAUGCAAACCUCUGUCUAUGACUAAUGCUGCUUUCAUCAGUUGUUGUAUCAGAGACAUGAAAUAUUAGGUCACCCCUUCCUUAUCAAGCUUUAACAUAAAGACUACUCUGUAUGUUUUUGUACUAUAUUGUACUGUUUCUAAGGAACACUAUUUGUUAAACACUCAUUUUAUUGCAAAGUUUAAAAACAAAUAUCAUGUAGAGUUUAGCAUUGUCUUUAUAAACUUAUUAGCUAAAUGCCAAGGACUUAUGAGGUUAAUGAAACAAACAUUAACCUCUCUAGUUCUGUGGCACUUUAGGUUGACUUCCCAAAUGUCCAAUUUUGGUGUUAUGAUUAGAGAUAUUUAUGAUUAUAUUUAUAUAUUAGUAUAUAAUGAUCAAUAUUUAAGCUUGGGUAUGCAAUGUCAGUCUUUUAACUAACAACAAGUUAUUAGUCAAGGCUUAAUAGUUACCUGACACGCUUAUUGCAACCCAACAAAAUAUCAGACAAUUGACUGCAUUUUUAAUGCUGACAAGACUUAUUAAAAUAUACAUGAACAGACGUCUUGAUCUAGACUAGUUAAGUAUACAUGUUUUGAACAAACCAAAAAGGUUGGUAGCUUCUAGUGACUUUUAUGUUCUUUGCCAUGGGACUAAAUACACUGAUCAGCCAUAACAUUAAAACGGCCUCCUUGUUUCUACA